UGGCGCGCACAGCUCCUCGGUCCAAUCGCUGCACAGCCCGCGGGACCCCGGUAGUGAAGCUGCGGAGCCGAGGAGCGCGAGCGCGGGAGUUAGUACAGUGGAACCAUGGUUGGCCACUUGAGCGAGGGGGCCAUUGCGGCCAUAAUGCAACAGGGAGAUACAUCCAUAAAACCCAUUCUCCAGGUCAUUAACAUCCGUCCCAUUACAACAGGGAAUAGUCCACCCCGUUAUCGACUGCUUAUGAGUGAUGGAUUGAACACUCUAUCAUCUUUUAUGUUGGCAACACAGUUGAACCCUCUUGUUGAGGAAGAACGAUUGUCCAGUAAUUGUAUUUGCCAGAUUAAUCGAUUUAUUGUUAACACUCUGAAAGAUGGGAGGAGAGUAGUUAUUUUGAUGGACUUAGAAGUUUUGAAAUCAGCUGAAACAGUUGGGUUGAAAAUUGGCAAUCCAGUGCCCUAUAAUGAAGGACAUGGGCAGCAGCAAGUAGUUCCUUCUCCCAUCUCAGCAGUCAAUCCACCAACCAGCAAACCCCAGCAACAGAAUGGGAACUCAGGAGUGGGUUCCACUGCAUCUAAGGCUUUUGGUGCCUCAAAGACUUUUGGAAAACCUGGAGGAACCAGCCUAUCACAUCCUUCUGGGGGGACACAAUCCAAAGUGGUACCCAUCGCCAGCCUCACUCCUUACCAGUCCAAGUGGACUAUUUGUGCUCGUGUUACCAACAAAAGUCAGAUCCGUACCUGGAGCAAUUCUCGAGGAGAAGGGAAACUUUUCUCUAUAGAACUAGUUGAUGAAAGUGGUGAAAUCAGAGCUACUGCUUUCAACGAGCAAGUGGACAAGUUCUUUCCCCUUAUUGAAGUUAACAAGGUGUAUUAUUUCUCAAAAGGCACCCUGAAGAUUGCUAACAAACAAUUCUCUGCUGUUAAAAAUGACUAUGAGAUGACUUUCAAUAAUGAGACUUCUGUCAUGCCCUGUGAAGAUGACCACCAUUUACCUACGGUUCAGUUUGAUUUCACGGGGAUCAGUGAUUUAGAGAACAAGCCUAAAGACUCACUUGUAGACAUAAUUGGUAUCUGCAAGAGCUAUGAAGAUGCUACUAAAAUCACAAUAAAGUCUAACAACAGAGAAGUUUCUAAAAGAAGUAUCUAUUUAAUGGACAUGUCAGGGAAAGUGGUGAAUGCUACUCUGUGGGGAGAAGAUGCUGACAAGUUCGAUGGUUCUAGACAGCCCGUGAUGGCGAUUAAAGGAGCCAGAGUUUCCGAUUUUGGUGGACGGAGCCUUUCCGUAUUGUCUUCAAGCACUAUCAUUGUGAAUCCUGACAUCCCAGAGGCCUAUAAACUUCGUGGUUGGUUUGACUCAGAAGGACAAGCCUUAGAUGGUGUUUCCAUCUCUGAUCUGAAGAGUGGAGGAAUAGGAGGAGGCAACACCAACUGGAAAACCUUAUAUGAGGUUAAAUCAGAGAAUCUGGGCCAAGGUGACAAGGCAGACUAUUUUAGCUCUGUGGCAACAGUGGUGUAUCUUCGCAAAGAGAACUGUAUGUACCAGGCUUGCCCAACUCAGGACUGCAACAAGAAAGUGAUUGACCAACAGAAUGGAUUAUACCGCUGUGAAAAGUGUGACAGUGAAUUUGCCAAUUUUAAAUACCGCAUGAUCUUGUCGGCAAAUAUUGCAGAUUUUCAAGAAAAUCAGUGGGUGACUUGUUUCCAGGAGUCUGCUGAAGCUAUCCUCGGACAAAACACUGCUUAUCUUGGGGAAUUAAAAGAGAAGAAUGAGCAGGCAUUUGAAGAAGUUUUCCAGAAUGCCAACUUUCGAUCUUUCACAUUCAGAAUCAGGGUCAAACUCGAAACCUACAAUGAUGAGUCUCGAAUUAAGGCCACCGUGAUGGAUGUGAAGCCUGUGGACUACAGAGACUAUGGCAGAAGACUGAUCAUGAACAUCAGGAGAAACGCAGCGAUGUAGGAGAGCAGUGCUGAUUGGGCAGAAGUUCGAAAUCGGCUAAAAUUUCUUCCCGCCCCCACAUAACAGUGUAGAUGCACCUCUGUGGUGGACUGGCAGUUUCCCCGCCUAGCGCCUCUUGGGACCCAGGCAAAGGACAAAGUGCUUAGAGGGCUUUAGUGUAAACCGUCAGACCCAGGGGUCAGCGGCAGGUAUCAUAGCCCUAGUCCCUCCCUCUGACUUCAGGCUUUUGUUGAUUUUAUUAAAAGUUCACUAUCUUCAAGCAACAAUUAUGUUACAUGUGAUUGACCCUAACUCGGCAAACAGUGAACUAAAUUAUGUCACUCAAGUUUUGCUUCUCCAGUGGUGACGCCUUCAACUUGGGUUCCUCCUGGGGUAGGGAGCUAGGAAUUGGUGGUUUGGAACCCAGGCAUUGAGUCAGUGUGUCUUCCUGGAAUUCAGAGCCUCUCUGGAGGUGCCACCUCGUCAUUAAAGCUUGAAAUGGCAGUAGGGUAGAAUUAUUAAUCAAAGGCAUAUCUUUAUAUCUGAAGACUAUCCUUCCUUCAGGGUUUAAUAGAUUUAAUAGACUGCGUCAGAUGGAUCUGAUAUUAAUCAAAAUUGUUUCUUCUGAGGAUGGCUGAUAAGCAUUGACUUGCUGUCCCCUAGGGACAUCCAGGCAACUACAAAGCAUUGCUGGAGUUUUCACUUCAAUUAAUGUUGCAUUUGCUUGGUGAACAUACACUGUCUACCUGUACAUAUUUCUUGUGUUCGUGUGUUUCACUUCUUGAUUAAAGCUAUGUUAAAUAGAAUUUUGAAGAGAAAAGCCUUUUGUUUCCCUUACUUUGUUUUAAUAAACAGUAUAUUCUUUGCA